UUUCUGAAAGGAUGGAUGCAGACAUCAGUCUUUACACUCGCUCUCUUGAGCUGUGGAAUGACAUUAAUAAAAUGGCCAAUGACAUUGAGUGUUGGAGUGCCAUCUCUGUCGGUGAGCUCAGUGAGGGAGCUGCCAGUCUUCUCUCUGCUCACGACAUGGAAGGACACCUCUCUGAGUUCAAGCUGGAGUUAGAUAAUAAGGAAGAUGAACUUAAGAACUUGCAGACAAAGAUGACACAGCUACAGGAACUGAUGAAAACCCAGCACAUACACACUGAACUGCAGGUGAUGGCUGCAGAUCUGAGGAAGCAGAUUUCCCAUGCUGCAGAGGUGUAUGAACAGACCAAAGGCAUGUAUAAAGACUUCAAGUCCCAGAGGCAGCAGCUUCAAGACCUAAUUUCCCAGAUUUCAGAGCAGCUGAAGACCUCAGAGGACUCACUGUCAGAGUUUUCAUCAUCCGCUGACCCAGAGAAUUUUGUUAAGAUCAAGGAGGUUGAGAGGUCACAAAAGCAAUUAGAGGUGAGUCUGGAUGUAGCAAGUGAGUCUCUCCGAGCACUGUGUAGAACGUAUCCCACUCAGCACCUGGCCCUGUUGGGUGAUGCUGUCUCGCACCUGGUCAAGUGGAAUGAGGAAGUGACACAACGCCGCAGCCAGAUCUUGGGGUCUCUUCAGGACGCUCUUCUGCAGCGCUUCAACGAGAAAGCACAUGCUUUUCACUGUUGGCUGUCUGAGUUGAGGGCUGGAAUUGAGGACUGCUUUGAGCAAACAGGAGAUGCUGUUGCCAUUUCAGCCAAGCAACAAAAGCUCAAGACUGCAGUAGAGGAAGUCAUGGAGGGUGAGGAGCGCUUGGCCCGUGUUUGUGAGGAUGGAGAGAGACUCCUAUUGCACCUCAGCAAAUGUGGGACUGGAAGCAUUCAGGAGCAACUGGACUCUUGUCAAUAUGCCUUGGAUUCAUUUGUCAUGGAUUGCCGACAGCGCAUACGGGCCUUGGAAGAAAGUGCCAACCUAUUAAAUGGCUAUGAAACGCGUGUGGUGGAGAUGAGCGACUGGCUGAAACAGCUGGAGGUGAGGCUGAAGACAGAUGCUCCUCUGAGGGGUGAGAGUCAGUCUGCAGCCCCCGACUGCUCAGGAGAACUGAGAAGAGUGGAGGAAAUCCACAGAGAGCUGUUGAUGAGGAGGGCGUCUCUUGAGCGUCUGUGUCAGUCCUCGCUCACAAUAACAGAGAGAGGAUCUAGAUCAGAGAAUGGUGUGGCAGCAGAGUUGCUCUCAAACCACCAGGUUUUGCUGCAGGAGGCCAGGAGUCGAGUCCAUAGCCUGCAGGAGUACCAGACAUUUGAGGAAGCACUAAAGGCGGUGGAAACCUGGCUGGAGGAUGUUGAGAGGAAGUUAGAGAAACUGGAGAGCACGGAGGGGAAUAAAAAGGAGGUGGAAGAGAAACUUGAGCGAGCACAGGAUAUCCUGCUUAUGAAGGGAGAGGGCGAGGUAAAACUCAAUAUGGCGGCUGGGAAGGCAGAGCUGGCCAUAAAGAGCAGUGGAGAAGUGGAACGAGGAGUGAUUUGCUCGAAGCUUCAGGAAGUUGAAGACGCAUGGGCGGCACUGCUUUUGAGAGCUAUGAGCUGCCACAGUCGAUUGGAAUGGACGGUCAAUCAGUGGGAUUUGUUUGUGGAGUCUCGUGCACAGCUGCAGAGAUGGCUGGAGGGAGUAGGGCUGGAGGUUAAAGGUCCUCUUGAGCCCCAGCUUGGACUCAGGGAGAAACGAAAGCAGUUGGAGAGACUGCGCUUGCUGUCAUCAGAUGUGGAGGACCACCAGGGAGCUCUGUGUUAUCUGGAGGAGAGUGCGGCUGAACUUUACAAACGCACCGGUGACCCCGUCUUUAAGGAGGAAGAAAUGGUUCUCCUCAGGGCACAGUUUGAGGAUGUCAAAGCAGCAGCAGAGGAGAGAGUCAGGUUGUCAGAGGACGUUGUUCUCGAACAUAAGAAGUACAUGGAAACAAUCAGGGAGCUCACUGAUUGGCUAAUGGUGGUAGGGGAGGAGCUUCAGCAAUGCUCUGACCCAUCCGGUGACUCUCCAGCCUUAAGUCGGAAGUUGACUGAAGUUCGGGAGCUGCUGGAGCGCGGCGCGUGCGAGGGGCGCGAGCGGCUGCGGCGCGUGCGGCUGAGCGUGGAGAGAGCCGGAAGGCACACGGCGGCUGCGGGCUGCGAGCUGAUGGAUGGAGAAGUGGCGGCGCUGGCGCGAGCGCUGCACCAGUGGGAGGGAGCAUCACUACGCGCUCGCGACGCCCUCGAGACCGCCGUGGCCGCGGCGACAGAGGCCGAGCGGGAGCAGACACGGCUGACAGCGCAGUUGGAGGGAGAAAUGGAGAAGCUGGAGGGCCAGCUGAAGGAGUGGAGCGAGGGACUGAGCAGCGCCGAGCGGAGGAAUAGCGGAGCUGCGGCGGUGGAGGGAUGGACGGUCGCCAAGGGUGUUCUGGAGGGGCUUCAGACAGCUGAAGUUAUGGAGGAGAAGCUGAAGGCGCAGCUCAAUGAGCUGUGUGGGUUUUCCAGUGAUCUAGGUCUGCAGUCGGACAGAGUCAGCGCUCUCAUCAAGCUACACAACAGCCUAAGCCUACGAGCCUCCCGGGAAUGUCAGAAUAAGGAGAAGCUGCUGGAACAACGCUUCCGUUCUUCUCUGCAUGACUUCCGGCAGUGGAUGGUCAAUGCCAACAUCUCGACUGCCAAAUGCUUUGACUCCCCUCAUAGCAUCCAGGAUGCCUCCAUCGCUCUCCAGCAGAUCCAGGAGUUCAAAAGUGACGAGGAGCAGGGCCAGACCAGACUGAAUGCUGUCCUGACCUAUGGAGAGCAGCUUAGUAGCGUGAUGCCUGUCGACAGAGUGCAGGCGAUCAGGACCAAAGUAAAUGCAGCCAAAGAUGACUGGAAGAGCCUGAUGGACAGCUUACUGAGAAGAGAGACGGCCUUACAGGUCUUGCAGUCUCAGAUGCAGGACUUUGAGGCAAGUGUGGAACCCCUUCAAGACUGGCUGAACAGGUCUGAGAUCAGUGUGCAGGAGAGCAGCGCUCGCCUCCAUGACCUGCCCGCCAAAAGACUAGAGCUCUCUAAACUUCAGACGCUGCUGGAAGAGAUGCGCUCCAGAGAGUCUGAACUGGCAGAGCUGAGAGGGCGAGCACAUGGCCUCUGGGAGGGUCAGGGUGCUGGGAAGAGCUUUGUGCAUCAGGUCUGCCAGCUAGCUGCAUGCUACUUGGCCUUGAGCAAUCUGAUUAAGGAGAAAGUAUCAAGGGUAGAACGAGUUGUGGGGGAGCAUCAGCUAUUUUCACAGGGCCUUCAGGAACUUCAGAACUGGGUUUCAGAGUCCCAACAGGUCCUCAAGACCUGCAGCUGCCCCACAUCUGACAAGAGUGUGCUUAUCACCAGAAUGGGCCAGCUUGAGACUUUAUUGGCCGCUUGUCAGGGGAGAGAAAUCCAACUAAAGAUGCUCAUCACCAGAGGGGAGUCUGUCCAGAGGAACACCUCGGCCGAGGGUGUACCAGUGGUUCGCAAGCAGAUCCAGGACCUCAAAGACUCCUGGGAAUCACUCUUGUCAACAUCCAUACAGUGCAAAAGCCAGCUGGAAGGUGCCUUGUCACACUGGACCAGUUACCAGGAAGAUGUCUGUCAGUUUGAGUGCUGGAUGGAGCGAGUAGAAGAGAGCCUCGGAAACUCCGACAAACACUACGCAGAAAUGAGGGACAAGACAGCCAAUCUAGGCCGUGCUAAACUCCUCUAUGAGGAAGUUCUUAGCCACUCUAGCCCUUUAGAGACCAUUGCAACUAAGGGUUCCAACAUGACUGAACAUACAGCCACCCAACAGGAGAUCCAGAAGCUCAGUGAGAGAUAUACAGCCAUUAAAGAUAAAGCCAAGGCUGCUGUCAGUAAGGCAGAAGAAUUGGUUCUGCUCCAUCAAGAGUAUCAGCGUGGGCUUCACAUGUUUGAAGACUGGCUGGAACAGGAGCAGAACAGUUUGGCCCACCUCUCACCCCUGGAUGAAGAUGUAAAUGCUCUGGAAAACACGUUAAAAGAACUGCAGAUGCUCCAGUCUCAUUGCCCUAAGGGACAUAACUUGCUCAGCUCAGUUCUUGCCAGUCGGGAAAGAGUCAUUCCAUGGGGUGCCCCUCAAAUUGAGGAUCGGGCUCUGGAAACUGCACAGACGGAAUGGCAGGGCUACCAAGACCGGCUCGGCGAGACCAAACUCCAGGUAGAGCAGGCUCUCGCAAGGGUUCAGAAACUAGAAGGUGUUUUCCAAAGCUUAGACCAGUGGCUGGUUGACAUAGAGCUCAAGGUUAAGGUGAGAAGCCACCGUCGCUCUGAUGUCAGUGCAAAAGAGGCACAGCUUCAACACCUUAAGAGGUGGCAGAUUGAGGCUGCUCAACGUCAGGCCGAGGUGGAAGGCCUUAGUACUCUUGCACAGCAAGUCGUCGAGGAUGCUCAUGUCAGUGGUCGGAUCAGUACCAGGGUUACCCAGCUCACUGCCCGCUACCAUGCCUUGCUAUUACAGAUACAGGAUACACUCAAACAGCUCCAGGAAGAGAUGCAGAACAUCACAGAUGCUCAAAAUGCUCUCAGGACCUUCUCUGAUUGGUUGAGCACUGCGAGGAAGAAUUUCAAAAUCGUUACAGAAAGGACAGAGGCUCUCGAUCGCAUUACAAUGGAAAAGAAAAUGAAGAGGCUAGAGUCUCUGCAGGGUGACAUGGAUCAAGGUCACAGCCUGCUUAAAACACUUCGAGAGAGUGCAGAGCAGGCCGUUUCCUUUCUGGAUGACCCUGGAGCAUCCAAGCUAGAGAGGGAAGUGCAAACAGGCCGAUCACAGCUCGAAGAGCUUAUUCUGGGGCUACGGGAAGAGCAUGCAACCCUGGAAAGAAGCCUUGUGCUCUAUAAAGAUUUCCAAGAGCGCUACAAGAGCCAAAUGCAGUGGCUUAGGGAGACUCGAGCCCUUCUCUGUUCCACUGUCGAACCCAAAGCAGAACUUUACCAGAGAAAAGCCCAGCUGAACAAGUACAAGGCUGUAGAGCAGACGUUGCUAUCUCGUGAUUCUGCCGUGAGCUUUGUGCUAGAGAAAGGAGAAACUCUGCUGACCCUCCUCCACUCCCCUUCCAUCACAGACAACAUGACCAGACUACAGGCCGACUACCAGGAGCUAUGUAGCUCAGCAAAGACCCACGUUCACAGAUUGGAAGCUCAGGUUAAGAAACAGGAGGCGUACCACAAAGAUCUACAGGAAAUUGAGCGUUGGCUGUUGCAGAUGUCGAGCAGGAUGGUGACUCCUGACCCGUCAUCAGGCGGUGGCCUGGAAGCUGCCACUCAGCAGCUAGCCAGACAUAAGGCUAUUAUGGAGGAGAUAGCAGGUUUUGAGGAGCGUUUGGCUACACUUAAGGAAAAGGGAGAGGAGCUGUUGUCCGGUUGCAGCGAGCGCCUCCAGGCUCGGCUUCGCCAGCAGAUUCAGAACCACCAGCAGGGAGCAAGAGACAGCUACUCGGCCAUCUGCAGCACUGCCCAGCGUGUGUAUCAGAGUCUGGAUUGGGAACUGCAGAAGCAUGCAAGUCUGCGGGAUACGUUGCAACUGUGUCAGACGUGGCUUUCAAAUGUACAGGAGGAGAUACAGCUUCCUGCACAUGCACCACACUGCCUACAGGAGGCGCUAGCACAGAUGAAGCAGGAACGAACUCUGCAGGAACAGGCUAGUACCUAUUUGCAGCUGGUGUGCUCCACCUGUGAUCUUUCUGAUGAUCAGGUACGAGAGACAGCUGCUGAGAUACAGCAGGUCAAACUUCAGAUCGAGGAAAGGAUGCUGGAAUCUCAAGAACUGGCAGAUAACUGGAGAGAGAUUAAAGACUUGCGUUCCAACCUUGAGUGUCGUCUUCUUGAGGCCGAACAACUCCUCCAGAGCAUGUUAAGGAGGCCAGCUGAGCUUGAGCCAAAGGUUGCUCAGAACCAGCUGGACCAGGCUCAGGACUUUAUCCAGGAGAUGCGAGCCAGGCAGGUUGAUCUGACCCAGCUGAGAGAGAGCAUCAAUAGGCUAACGGCUGGUCAGGAGUCCCCUGAGCUUAUGGAAGUUGGGCGGCUGCGCUGUGCUUGGCUGGAUCUGGGCAGACAGGCUGCACAGCUGCUGGAACAGAAAGAGGAGGAUCUACAGAGGAGUGGGGACUAUCAUGACUGCAUUUGUAUGGUGGAGGAGUUGUUUGACCAGCUGUCCAAGAAAUGGGAUCAAUUGGCCAGGGGAGAUAUUGAGAGCACAACUGAGUGUCUGGAUGCCUUAAAGAAGUUAUCCACAGACCUGCAGGACCAGAGAUGUGUGCUCGAUGACCUGAGAAAUAAUAGGCAUGGGAUCUUGCCUCGUCUGAGCUUAGAAGACAGAGACCUGGUUAAGGAGCAGGUGGGUUACCUGGAGCAACGUUGGACCCAGGUGGAGUCGCUUGUCCAGCAGAAAAUACAAGAUUCAGCGCAAACACUGGAAGAACUCAGUCAAAUCGAGGACCAUUUGCGGGAGGCUCAGGAGUGGGCUGAGUUGCAGCAGCCAUCCCUGUCUGAGGUUCUCAAGACCAGCCCCCCUCCAGAUUUGGCCCAGAGCUUUCUGUUUGAUCACUUGAGCUUUUGUGCAGAAUUGGAGGCCAAACAUAAGCUUCUGGCAGAGGCCGUGACAGAUGCCAAUAGUCUUUCCACUCGUCUAGGUCUUAAUGAAAGGAGGAAACUGCAGACUUUGAUCCAGGAAGCACAGACAGAAGUAGAAUCGCUUGGAACUAAGGCUGCUCAGUAUCGUAAAAGCCUCAGCAAAGUAUUUACAGAACGAACGCAGUUCCUACAAGCCCUCGACAGAGCAGCUGAAUGGAUCAGAAAGCAAGAGCAGAGGGCUCUUGCAGAUGAUCAUGUUGCUCUCCUACCAAAUGUACUGCACAAGCAGGUGUCAACUUGUAAGAGUUUUACUAGCAGCCUAAGAGCAUAUCAGGUGGAGCUAACUUCUCUUUGGGUACAAGGACGAGAAUUAGUGAAGGAUGCCACUGACGAGGAGAAGAAGGAGACCCUUCAGAAGCUGGAGGAGUUGCAAGUUACCUUUGAGGCUUCCUUGCAGAAGAGCAUGGAGCAUCUGCAGCAUCUGGAGAAAGCGCUAGUCAUUCGAAAGUACUUUAAAGUGGACCUUGACAGGAUCUGUGAGUGGCUAAAACAAGCAGAGGUAGCUACAUUUCCCAUUAUUGACCUGAGCGGGAAUGACGAGGAGCUUCAGAACCAGUUAACCGAAUACCAACAGCUUCUUGAUCAUGCUUCAGAGUAUGAAAACCUUUUGCUCAUCGUCCAAAGGGCAGGACAGGAGAUACUUCCCACCUUAAAUGAGGUCGACCACUGCUACCUAGAUGAGAAACUUAAUGGCCUUCCACAACAAUACAAUGACAUGCUGUUGUUGAUCAGAGAGAAAUGCGACAGGAUCCAACAAGUGCUUUUGGAGCGCAGGGAGUUUGAGUCCCUCAUCGAUGCCACACGCAAGGCUUUGAAGGAACUUCAGGAGAAGUGUGAUGGUUUAGAGAUGAAUUCAGCCAACCAAAGUGUAGAAGAGGGAGAAAGAUUGCACAGCAACUAUGAAGAUCUCAUGAAAGCUCUUGCAAAUCUGUUUCAGGGAAUGAAAGAUCUUAGGGUUAAAACUCAGGAUUUCCUUAUCAUGGGUCAGCCAUAUGCUCCUGAAGUCAUUGACCAGCUAGUUAAUCUCCACGGCAGUCUUAACUUGCAGAUCGAGUGUAAGAUGAAAGAAUUAAGGAAAACAUUAAACAUAUUAAAUGACCAUCGAGCAGUAGUUGAGAAAAUGGACUAUAGCAUUACUAGACUCAAGGAACAGCUUGGCAAAUUUGACUCCAAUGGAGAUGAGGAGGCAGAUGCCAUGGAGAGAUUAUCUACUCUACACAAUUUAUCAAAAUGUUUUGAAGAGGUUCGUUCCUAUCCAGAGGGUCUCAAAGCACAAAAAGAUGACCUCAAUCAGCACUUUGACUCAAAGACCCUUAAAACUCAGGUUAUCUUCAGGGAGGAACAACUUCAUACUUUAAAGCAAAAGAUUAAUGCACACAUAGAGGAAUGUGAGAGAGGUUUUAUGGGAAAUAAGGAUUUUCAAACUGAUAUUAAAGUAUCAGUAGACUGGCUCAAGAGUUUUAGGGAUCGAUUAAGACAUCCAUUAAUGUUUGAAGAAGCAAAAAUUGAAAUUGUGCAGGAGGAGGUCAGGUCACUGUCAGCACUUCAGGAACAAAUGAAAUCUAGGUUUAGAUUAUUAGAAUAUAUGACUAAUGAAGAGAAACAGAAGUACAUAAACGACCAAAAGCCAUUGCCAAAACUCUUUGAGACCACUUUAAUGGAAAUUCCAAAGCUGCAGGAUGAUCUUCAACAAGCAGUAAACACCAAACAGGUGACCUUGCAGACUAUUCUGUCUCUGCUCCAGAGAUACUACCAUUCUUUGCAAUCCGUCCAGCAGUGGUUUGAGGACGCAGUUGCUCUUCUUGAGCAUGUUUCUCAAGAGGCAGACCUGGAGAAAAUUUCAGACUGCCUCAAGGACAUAAAAAAUAUAACAAGCCAGGAGCAAACUGUCAAGCGUACAAUGCAAGAAAUGCAAGAUCUGGUACCUCAAAUGGGUGACUUUUUCAGCCCUACUGUAAUGAUGCAAAUCCAGAAACAUUGUGAGGAUUCUUAUCACAAGGUAACAGAGGUCUUUGAGCAGCUAAAACUACGUCAAGACAACUUGCAAAGAAGCAUAACUCAGUGGAGAUCCUUUCAAGAUGAAACAGAUGAAUUUAUCAGGCAGAUGAAUGAAGUUGAGAAAAGGAUGACCGAGUUCACAACUGCCAGAGCAAACUCUGAACAAGAAGCUGUAGACAAGCUUUGUUUAUAUCAGAAUAUUGAGUCACAAGUUCAGGGUCUUGAAGAUGCACUGAAUGGCCUGAAAGAAAAAGCAGCACAGCUUGAUGAGCCUGCCAUAAAAGACACUACUUCUCGGUCAGUCUGUUCACUGAGCCAUCGGUGGACUCGGUUGCUCAGCGUUGCUCGAGCUCAGGUGAAAGCUCUCCAGGACUCUGCAUUUAACUGGAGAUGCACCAGAGAGAAGCUGGAGAAAAUGCGGGCUGUCUGUGAGGACCUGCACAGUCGUGUUCCUGACAACAUGGUAGAAAAAGCCUCUAGUAUGGCAGCCCUACAGAGCCUUCUGGAGUACCACGAUUCCUUCAGUCGAGAGGUGGAGAGAGAAAGCAGCGCCCUGACCCUCCUCAGACACCAUGUGCUCAACCUGUUCCUCCAUUCUCAUGCCUCUGCAUCCACCACAGACAGUAAACACAACCAAGACAAUCCAUGUCUGCUGGAAAUUCAGAGCAUUCAGGAGAAAUAUGACAAUCUGUUACAGCAGGUGUGUGCAAGCAGACAGCAGGUGCAGGUGGAGCUGCGGGAGAGAGAGGAAGUGGGGAGAGAGUUGGGCCUGCUGAAAGGAUGGAUUCAGGACACCCAGGGGCUGCUGCUAAGCCCCACAGCAGACCUGGAUAACCUGCUUACUGACCUGGAGACGGCUCAUGGAGGCAUGCAGUCUCACCGCCAGAACCUUGAGCAGAUUGCAGAUCGUCAGCAGAUAAAAUACCAGGAUCUCAAUGCCACCCUUCCUUCAGAGAUCAGCACCCAGCUGGCAGAGGUUACACUGGCUCUGGGUUCUGCAGAAGAUCAGGUACAGGCACGGGAAAGAGAGGUCCAACAUAGCAGAGAUAUUAAAGAAGACUUUAACUCCAGACUUCAGGAUAUCUCAAAGAAAGUCAAACUCAUCUCUUUGAAGCUCAAGCAGAAGGCUAUAGAUGUUGAGGAGGCUAAAGAGGAGACAGAGGGUCUAUUUGAGGAGCUAGAGGAGUGUGGUCAUGCUCUGUCUGAGCUAGAUGUGGCGGUGAAGGAGUUCGCUGAGCAAAAUCCUCUCCUAGCCAAACAGCUGGGCUCCAGCCUGAGUAAACUGACUGAGCUUCAUGUUCAGACCAUCCGACUGGCGGAGGGAAGGACCACAGGCCUUCAGAAGGCAGAAAAGAACUUUGAGGAUUUUAAUGAAAUGCUGACGUUAACUCUCAACUGGACAGAAAAAGCAGAGACUGUGGUGUCGGCACACAUCAUGUGGAGUCCAGCCUCUCAGAUGCAGGAGCAGAUCAGAACCCAUCAGGCCUUAUUGCAAGAGUGGCAAGAUCUCCAAGGAGAGUUUGAGGGUCUGGUGGAGAGGGUGGGACUGCUGGGGGACGUGGUCCAGACAGAUGCUCUCCACCAGCAGGUGGCAGAACUGAGCAGACAUGCUGAAGAGCUGCAGCAGAGAGCCAAAACAAGACUCCUGAUGCUACAAGAUGCAGCCAAGGACUUGGGGAGACUGGAGAGUGAUGUGAAGAGCCUCCAUCAGUCCGUUGAGAGAGUCCAGGAGACUCUGGCCUCCCCUGAUCUGGCACGUCUCAGUCUCCGAGAACAGCUGGCUCAAAGACAGCUGCUGUUGUCAGAGAUGGAGGGUCUCAAGCAGCAGGUUCAGACUAUGCAGAUGUGUCAGAGUGCCCUCCGGCUGCCAGAGGACGUGAUUGCUGCUUUACCGCUGUGUGUUACUGCACAGAGUCUGCAGCAAGAGAGCAGCCAUCUCCAACACAAUACCAUUCAACAGUGCAAUAUAUUACAGGAGGCCAUGGUGCAGUAUGAGCAGUACGAACAGGAAGUCAAGAACCUACAGAGACUUAUUGAAGAAGCACACCGUGUUAUUCAAGACCGCCCUGUUGCCACAGGAAAUAUACAGGAGCUUCAGACACAGAUACAACAUCAUGAGGAAUUGGCCCUGAAGAUAAAAGGAUACCAGGAGCAGAUCUCAGCCUUGAACUCCAAGUGUAAGAUGUUGACAGUGAAAGCCAAACAUGCUACCAUGCUGCUGACGGUCAGCGAGGUCGAUGGACUCUCUGACGGGUUAGAGGAGCUGGAGGAUGAGGAGGAAGAGAUGCCCAAACACCCACCAGCACACCCCUCUGUUGUCAUGAUGACGGCAGGUCGUUGUCAUACUCUCCUCUCGCCGGUCACAGAGGAGUCUGGUGAGGAGGGCACCAACAGCGAGGUCUCCUCUCCCCCUGCCUGCAGAUCGCCCUCCCCCGGGCCUAACGCUGACACCUCUCAGGGUUCAGCGCGAGCUCCUUUAAGCAGAGCUCCACUACAGGAGCUUUAUGACCCCUCCAUGGACUCAGCUGCCUCAGCUAAUCUGGACGACCUACAGCGCUCAUGGGAGACUUUGAAGAAUGUGAUCAGCGAGAAGCAGAAGAGCCUAUAUGAAGCUCUGGAGAGGCAGCAGCACUAUCAGGAGACCCUGCAAUCUGUCUCCACAAAGAUGGAGUCCAUUGAGACCGCACUAAAUGAAGGCUUGGAGCCAAGCAAGAGUCCUGAGAGCCAGAUGGCCGCCCACCAGGCUUUGAUGGAUGAGAUCCUGAUGCUCCAGGAUGAGAUCAGUGCAUUGCAGGCCUGCUUCUCCCAAGAGCUACAGUUGGAUGAAGACAGUUUGGAGGCAGAUGCCGGAGACCAGCUGGCUCUGCAGUCAACCCUCACUGUGCUAGGAGAACGCAUGGCCACCAUCCACAUGAAGGCCUCCGGAAAGCGCCAACUUUUGGAGGAGCGAUUAAGUGAGCAGUUAGAAGAACAGAGGCAGGAACAAGCGCUACAGCGUUAUCAUAGUGAGGCAGAGGAGCUUGACAACUGGCUGCUCAGCACACGUGCCACACUGAGCUCCACUCUCCAGCCACACCCACAGGACAUGGACAUGGAGGAACAGCUGAUUGACUGCCAGAACAUGUUAUUGGAGAUCGAGCAGAAGGUGCUGUGUCUGUCCGAGCUGUCAGUGCACAGUGAGAGUUUGCUGAUGGAGGGUAAGGCCGGCACACGGGGAGACGCUGAGCAGCUCUCCCUCAAACUGCACAGCCUCAAAUCCAGCCUGCUGGAGUUACAGCGCAUCCUCCAAAACAAACAGACCCACAUCCAGGGCUCACUUCAGGAGCAGGAGGACACUGAAUCAGACUCGUCUCUCUCUCAGAGCCCCAAUAUGAUGGACUGGCUCAGUCAGGCGCGAUCCACACGCAACCAACAGCAUCAAGACACAGUGCAAAGACAGAGGGAAUUAGAGGAGCAGCUUGGCGAACAGAAGAAGUUACUGCAAUCUGUGGCAUCUAGAGGAGAGGAGAUUCUCUCACAGCGGACAACACCUCAUGGAGAAAGUUCUCCUGCAGAACUUUCUGAAGGGGAUGCUGGUCAGUGGCCUGAGAGCAUGAGCACUGAUGAUCAGAUGAGAGUCAGAUGGGAGAACCUGAGCAAAGACGUUAACAACAAACUGCAGCUGUCACUAAACACAAUGGAGCAGACGCCAUGUAACACGCUGUACCAGCCGGUAUCCAGCCCUUGUGGAGUUUUAAGAGGAGAGCAACUGAGUCAGGAUAUCCUGUCUCCACGAAGUCUGUUUGAAGGCUUCAGCCAAGAUUUGGAGGACAUGCCUCAGACAAGUGGCACUGACAGUAAGCGUGCUCAUGCUCUGAAGAGAGCUCUCUAUGAAGCGGUUUCGUCAGCUUCCUCCUGGCUGGACAAUACUGAAAAUGAGCUUGUAUCUGGCCCAAUAUUACUAUCUGAUGACUCAGAGACUCACCUGGGCCACCUAGAGAGUUUGAAUAAGGAGGUAAAGAAUGUCAACGAGGAGGUGUGUAAAUGUCGGGACGUGCUCGGAGGAACAGAGCAGCUAUGGGCUGGAGAAAGUGGAGAAGGUGUUUUGGUUGAGGAAGUGUUAGAUGGUUUGGAGGGGAGACUGAAGCUGCUGGACACGGUGCUGGAACAGAGAUGUGACACCAUGAAAGACAAGCUGCAGGAACUCACUGUUUUCCAGACUGAGUUGAGGCUGUUGCUUGCAGCACUCAGUGACUCAAAGUACCAGCUUUUGCAGAAAAUGAACGCGGCUGUGGAUCGACCCGCUUCUAAACAGAUGGAGAUCGUAGCAGAAGCAGAGGACAGUUUGAGGGAAUUUGAACAGAAAGUUUCUGAGAUGAGGAGCAGAGGAGAGACACUGCAGCCCAACCAGCUCUGCACUCAAGAGCUGCUCAAACUACAGGAUGCUUAUGAAGAGCUGGUGGAGAUGGUGGGCUCCAAGCGAAGUGGAAUAAACCAGAGUUUGGUUCUGAAGGCUCAGUAUGAGAGAGCUUUACAAGACCUGGUAGAUCUUCUGGACACCGCCCAGGACAAAAUGGCUGCUGAUCAGAAGAUGAAAGUGGGAUCAGUGAUUGAGGUCCAGAUUCUUCUAGAUAAACACAAGGAGUUUUUCCAGGGGCUAGAGACGCAUGUUGUUCUGACACAGGCCUUCUUCAGGCAGGUCAGUGGGUUGGUGGUGCAGCGGGAGGUCCAGAGCUUGGAAGAGACUGUGGCUCAGGCCCAGGCUGUGCUUAAACAGGCUCACAAACGAGGAGUGGAGCUGGAGGGCAUCCUGGAGUGGUGGAGCAGGUUGGUGGGUGACUAUCAGGCCCUGUACAGACAGCUGGAGGCAGUGGAAAGCAACAUCCCCAGUGUAGGGCUGGUGGAGGAGACGGAGGACAGAUUGAGCGAUAGAAUUGCUUUGUAUCAGCGUUUGAAGGCCAGUCUCUCUGAGCGGCAGCAGCAGUUGUAUAAAUUGUUGGAGGAUGGAAAGAGGCUGCUUUUGCAUGUGUCCUGCUCAGAGCUGGAGACUCAACUCACUCAGCUGGGGGACCACUGGCUCAGCACCACCACCAAGAUCAAUAAAGAGCUACACCGCCUGGACUCCACCCUCAAACACUGGAUUAGGUAUCAGUGCGAGUCAGCUGAACUUAGCCAAUGGCUGAGUUCGGCACUAGACCGCCUGGAGUUCUGGAGCACUCAGUCUGUUACAGUUCCUCAAGAACUAGAGACUGUCAGAGACCAUCUUCAUGCAUUCCUGGAGUUCUCCAAAGAGGUAGACGCCAAGUCUUCUUUACGUGCCUCAGUUCAGAGUCAGGGGAAUCAGCUUCUCCGGUUGAAGAAAGUGGACACAGCAGCUCUCAGGGCAAACUUGGCCCAGGUAGACACGCAAUGGGCUGAUCUUCUCACUCGUAUCCCUGUGGUCCAGGAGAAACUACACCAGCUGCAGAUGGAGAAGCUGCCAUCCCGUCAUGCAAUAACUGAGCUAAUGAGCUGGAUAUCCCUCAUGGAGAAUAUUAUCCAAGAGGAUCAGCAGAAGAUCAUGGGGGCAGUGGGAUCAGAGGCUGUGCAAAUGUACCUUCAGAAAUACAAGGGUUUUCGAAUUGACCUGUCCUGUAAGCAGCUGACAGUGGAUUUUGUGAAUCAGUCAGUUCUGCAAAUCAGCAGUCAGGAUGUAGAGGGGAAACGGAGUGACAAAACAGACUUUGCUGAGCGUCUUGGGGCCAUGAACCGCCGCUGGCAGAUACUGCAGGGACUCGUUACAGAGAAGAUUCAGGUUUUAGAGGGUCUGCUUGAAAGCUGGUUAGAGUACGAGAACGUGGUUCAGACCUUGAAGACCUGGUUUAGUGUACAGGAAGAGAAACUCAAAAAGAAGCACAGGAUUGAGGAUGUUUCCUCAGCCCAGAAUGCACUCAAAGAUUGUCAGGAAAUGGAAGUGUUGGUAAAGGAGAAAGAGAAGGAUCUGGAGAGGGCUGAAGAAAAAGGAUGCUUGUUAAUUCAGGAUAAGAAAGGCGAAGCAGGCACUUUUAUAAUGGACACUCUAAAGGGUCUAAACCAGUCUUGGGCCAAUCUGGAUCACAUGAUUGGGCAGCAGACGGUCAGUCUCCGGUCAGUGCUGGAGCAGUGGAGUCUGUAUAAACAAGCAUAUGAGGAGAUUCAGGGCUACCUGAUGGAGGGACGUUACACCAUCUGUCGUCUACAUCUUCUCACUGGCUCCCCAGAAGCUGUGCAGGUUCAAGUGGAGAACCUUGAGAGUUUACAAGACGAGUUGGAGAAACAGGAGAGCAGUUUACAGAAACUGGGCUCCAUAACGCAACAGCUGCUGAAGAACUGUCAUCCCUCAGUGAGCGAUUCACUCAACACAGCUCUGGGUGAUGUAAACCUCAGGUGGAACACGCUGCUCGAGCAGAUCUCAGAUCAGCUGAGGAGGAGUAAGAGCCUGCUGCAACUGUGGCAGCAUUACAAAGCGCUCCAUGCUCAGAGCAGCACUGACAUCCAGAAACUAGAGGAUCAAGUGGAACAGAUGCUCAAGAGCGCCACCCACAGGGACAUCACAGAACAGGAAGUGAAGGGCCUUAUGGCGACUGAGGGAUCCGUAGAGUCUGUCCUGCAGCAGCUGGAUGAGUUUUCAGAGCAGCUGAGGCAACAAGUGGACCCCUCUGCCAUGACAACCUUCCAUACAGACCACCUGUCACUCACUCAGCGAUUAGCAACAGUUGGGCAUACCCUCCAAAGACGGCAGUCUCUGCUAGAGGUGGGUAUGAGGGACUAUGAGAGGUUCAGUAAGGAGGUACAUUCUCUGAGCCACUGGUCAGAAGAAGCUGAGAAGGUUCUGAAGGAACCCGACCCAAUUGGUUCUCCAGAUAUCUCAUCUGUGCAGGAACACAUGGAAAAACUUAAGACCCAAAUGUUAAAGCUGAGCAGUCUUUCUCCUGAUCUGGAACGUUUGAAUGAGUUGGGUUAUCAGCUUCCCCUCAACGAUAAUGAAAUCAAGCGUCUGCAGAACCUAAACAGGAGCUGGUCGUCUAACUCUGCUCGCACGAUAGAGAGAUUCAGCAAAUUGCAAGCACUGCUAUUGCAAAGACAGACCUUUUUGGAGAAGUGUGAUGCUUGGAUGACCUUCCUUACCCAAACAGAAGAGAAACUUGGCGCUGAGAUUUCUGGAAACUACCAGAGCCUACUAGACCAGCAGAGAGAGCAUGAGCUAUUCCAAGCAGAGAUGUUUAGUCGACAACAAAUUCUAUACUCUAUCAUCAAUGAUGGACAUCAGCUCCUGAAUCAGGGACAAGUGGAAGACAGGGAUGAAUUUGGCUUGAAACUGGCACUGCUUAGUAACCAGUGGCAAGGUGUGGUGAGGCGGGCCCAGCAAAGACGGGGGAUUAUUGACAGUUUGGUUCGGCAGUGGCAGCGCUACACAGAGCUGAUAGAGAAACUGCGUCACUGGCUGCAGGAAGUGUCAGUGGAACCAGAGGAGCAACAGCAAGUGUCAACAGUAGCACUACAGCAGAUCCGUGGCAUGUUAGACCACAUACAGCUGAAGGAGCGUGUGCUCCAGAGGCAACAGGGCAGCUACAUCCUCACGGUGGAGGCCGGGAGGCAACUCCUCCUGUGGGCUGAUGCCAGAACAGAGGCCUCACUUCACACUGAGCUGACUGAUGUGCAGGAGCGCUGGAGGACCAUUAACAUCCGUCUCGACGAGAGGAAGAAAGAACUGCUCUCUUUGCUAAGGGACUGGGAUCAGUGUGAAAAAGGGAUCGCUGCAUCACACGAGAAGCUGAGGGACUUUAAGCAAAAGCUCUCUGUGCCUUUACCCGACCACCAUGAGGAGCUGCACACAGAACAGAUUCGCUGCAAGGACCUGGAGAGCAGUAUUGAAGGCUGGGCUGAUGAUGUAGCCGGCCUGUGUAUUCUGAGGGAAUCUCUCUCCAGCGGCCUCAGUGCUGAUAACCUCACAGUCCUACAGGAGAGACUUAUAUUACUCCAGAGACAGUGGGAGGAGACUUGUCACCAGCUGUCCCUGCGCAGGCAGCAGGUGAGCGAGAGGCUGAACGAGUGGGCCGUGUUCAAUGAGAAGAACAAAGAGCUGUGUGAGUGGCUCACACAAAUGGAGAGCAAGGUCUCACAGAACGGCGACAUCAGCAUUGAGGAGAUGAUUGAGAAACUCAGGAAGGACUAUCAGGAAGAGAUCUCAGUGGCCAAGGAGAACAAGCAUCAGCUGGAACAGAUGGGGGAGAGAUUGGCUCAGGCCAGCCAUGAAAGCAAAGCUGCAGAAAUCCAAUACAAACUCAGCAAAGUCAAUGAGCGCUGGCAGCAUCUGCUUGACCUUAUAGAAGCUAGGGUAAAGAAGUUGCGCGAGACACUGGUGGCCGUGCAGCAGCUGGAUAAGAACAUGAGCAGUUUGCGCUCCUGGCUGGCACACAUCGAGACUGACCUCUCACGACCCAUCGUCUAUGAAACCUGUGACUCACAUGAGAUCCAAAGAAAACUCAAGCAGCAGCAGGAUCUGCAGCGCGAUAUCGAGAAGCACAGCACAGGUGUGGCAUCAGUACUGAACCUGUGUGAGGUGCUGCUGCACGACUGUGACGCCUGCGCCACAGAGACCGAGUGUGAAUCCAUCCAGCAGGCCACACGCGGCCUCGAUCGCCGCUGGAGAAACAUCUGUGCUAUUGCCAUGGAGAGGAGGAUUAAGAUUGAGGAGACAUGGAGGUUGUGGCAGAAGUUUCUGGAUGAUUACUCCCGUUUUGAAGAGUGGCUGAAAGUGUCAGAGAGGACCGCAGCUCUGCCCAACUCCUCUGGAGUUCUGUACACCAUCGCUAAAGAGGAGCUCAAGAAGUUUGAGGCAUUUCAGAGGCAGGUACAGGAGUUUCUGACCCAGCUGGAGCUGAUCAAUAAGCAGUAUCGAAGGCUUGCACGUGAAAACCGCACAGACUCAUCCUGCCAUCUACGACAAAUGGUGCAUGAUGGGAACCGACGCUGGGAUGUACUACAGAGGAGAGUAGCUGCCAUCUUGCGCAGACUUAAGCAUUUUAUUGGUCAGCGAGAAGAGUUUGAAACCGCCCGAGAUGGUGUUCUGGUAUGGCUGACUGAGAUGGAUCUGCAGCUCACCAACAUCGAGCAUUUCUCAGAGUGUGACGUUCAGGCCAAGAUCAAACAACUAAAGGCGUUCCAGCAGGAAAUCAGUCUGAACAUGGGGAAGAUGGAGAGCGUUUUUGGGCAGGGGGAGGUGCUAAUGGAGAAGAGUGAGCCUCUGGAUGCUGCUGUCAUAGAGGAGGAGCUGGAUGAGCUGCAGAGAUACUGUAGGGAGGUGUUUGGUCGAGUGGAGCGCUACUACCAGAAACUCACACGCCUGCCGCUCACCGAUGAUGAGUGUGAAGGCUCUGAUCGUGAAUUCGAGUCAGGUGACCUCUCAGACCUUCAGUGGGGUGAGGAUGGUACCAUGUCCCAGACAUCUAGCAGACCACCUUCAGCUGGCACUGCUCCUGUUCGCACAAACGACUCCGGCCGGGAUACCCCGGCCAGUGAAGACUCCAUCCCUCUGGAAUGGGACCAUGACUAUGACCUGGACCCCAUGGGCCAUACCAUGUCUGCACAACAGGGCAGAGAAAAAGAUGAGGAUGAGGAGUUACUGUGUUUGGCCACUGCAGCACUUACAGGUGAAGCAGUUCGAUUGUUAGACAAUAUGAUGGACACCAGCCGCUACAGCCUCCAGGAAACAGAUGGCACUAUGGGUGGCCACGAUACGUCUUACAUGGGCUAUAUGAGGCUAAUGGAUGAUUGCCGUGGGAGUCUGAAAGCAGUCAGGAGGGUUGAGGGCGAGCUGGAGGAGGAAGAGGACAACCUGUCAGGCCUGAGUAACCCUGAUAACACAGAGACACAGAGCACAGGUGUCAUUGAGCGUUGGGAGCUGAUCCAGGCGCAGUCUGCUGAUUCAGAUCACAAAGAGAGAGAAGACCUGGUGCUAUUGCAAAAGAUGACCUCUGACCUGGACGCCAUGGAGGUGUGGCUCAGCCAGACUGAGGCGGAGUUAGAAGAACUGAGAGGGAAAAAUCUUAGUGCAGAUAUACACACUAUUGAGCAGAGAAUUAGAAAACUCAAGGAGUUACAGAAGGCAGUGGAUUCCCAUAAGUCCAAAGUACUGUCCAUCAACUUAAAUAGUGUCACACUGCUCCAGUCAGACUCUGAGGAGAGCCAGGAUCUCAAAGCGAAACUGAAGGAGAUGAACUCACGCUGGGAUCGACUGGGGAAAUCACUUAAGGAUUGGAGAACAGCACUUCAGGAUGCUCUGAUGCAGUGUCAGGAGUUUCAUGAGCUGAGUCAUGGUCUUCUUCUCUGGCUGGAAAACAUUGACCGUCGGAGAAAUGAGAUUAUCCCAAUUGCAUCGGGGCUAGAUCGGCAUACACUUCAAGCUCAUUACAGAGCACUAAAGCAAAUCCAGCGGGAGCUGUUGGAGACUGAGCAGAAGGUGGACAGUCUGCAGGAGCUCUCAGGACAGCUGUUGGUGCAGGCACACGGCAGCGAGUGUCUGGAGGCCCAGGAGAGGGUGCACGUCAUCGGGAACCGUCUGCGCCUGCUCCUGAAAGCUGUGGCCACCGACCUGGAACUGUUAGAAAAAGAGCUCCAGGCUUCUAGGAACAGACAGGAUGCCUCCCUCUGGUCUGUCACGGAUGACGCAGAUACUUCUGGAUCGGUCAGUUCUGUUUCAGGGGUCACCGUUUCCACUAAACGACAAUCGCUACGAGGCAAAUGUAGUGUGUCAGAACCAGGAUCCUCAGCCAGACUUCCACGUCACAGGUUGCCCAGCGGUUCUGGAUGCGUUUCGUCUCGCUCUGGUUCCUCCGGGUCACAAGGUGGCGCUGCUGUGGCUCGCUGCCAGCCCUUUCUGCUGCGAGUGCUCUGGGCGGCUCUGCCACUGCAGCUCCUUCUGCUGCUCAUAGUGGGCCUGACCUGUCUGGUGCCCAUGACUGAGCAGGAUUACAGUUGUGCCCACGCAAACAAUUUUGCCUGGUCUUUUCAUCCCAUGCUUCGCUACACCAACGGCCCACCGCCUGUAUGAGCGGAGGAGACUUUACUAAUGCCUUCAUCUGCUUCAAUUACACUGCAGAACACAGAGUGGACUAGUGUUCCUGUUCCUGUACAGUUUAUGCUGCUAAUUUCAUUUUUCACUUAACAGUGUACUAUUGAACUCAUUGCAAUGUAGACUAGUGUUGGACAGCCAAACUUGUUAACCGUUUCCGUCCCAAGGGAAACAGAAAAAAAAACGAUGAAAUCGUAUAUUAUUAUGUACUUAAUAGCACUGACAUAAGCAUAAGGUACUGCACUUAUACCGUCCAAGAAAAUGGCCAAAAUUAUUUGCUUAGGCUAAGGAAAGUGUUUUAUUUUUAUUUUCGUAUUAUUUAAAAUUGUAGAAAAAAAAAGUUAUUUUGAAUAUUAUUUAAAUACGAUUUUGCAUGGCAAUUCAGAUUUUAUUUUUAUUUUAUGGCAUGGAGUUACUUUUUUGUGUGUGUAGAAAUGUAAAACAGUCACUGAUGUAGCUCUAUGAGAGACGCAUGCUUUUUAUUACCGUUAUCUACUUACUGUAUUUUAAUUUGUGUGUUAUGACAAUGACAGUGUGACAAAAACAUUAUUAUUACAAUGUCUAUGCCUAUUUAUGUAUGUACAGUUUGCUAAUGCUGACAAUAAAUACACAUCUUUUCAUUUAA